CAUGCCAUUUAUGAGGGGAACGCUACUUGCGUAAACAGGGAACGGCUUUGAGCCUUUGAGGAAUUUGGGAAGACGAAACGACGCCGGUUCUACGACGACGCACCGGUUUGAGACCUGCUCAGGCUCUACCAAAAUCAACCUCUGCCUCUCUAGCUCAUGAAUUUCUGAUAGAGCGCAUAUAUAUAUAUAUAUAUAGAGAGAGAGAGAGAGAGAGACAAUGGGAACGAGGACGAAUCUGUACAAGAACCCUUCCAUAGCCUACAAGAGAGACUUUAGUCUCUCCUCCGUCCUUCAAAACCUUAGAGCUUACAAUAUUGCCACUGGAAAUGCUCCUUUUGCCGAAGAACAACCACACGGUGAUAACAUAAGGGCGUCACAGAAACGACACCGUGACCUGAAACUGUCGCAUAAUCCAACCCGUGUAAUCGAGGAGAAAGAUGAACCCAUGUCUCAUAAGGACUACAUCGCAAAAAGAAGGAAAGAAAUUAGUUUGACCCAAGUUCGCGAGGAACUGACUGCAGAUGUUUUGGGAACUUCUAAUUCCGGUGCAAAUUUAGUGGGAUAUGAAAGUGAUGAAAGUAGUUCUUCAGGACGUGAAGGAAUGCAAGAUCCUUCAAAUUCAGGUCCCAUGAAGGAGUUUGAUCAUGAUCAUGUUAAGAGCAGAAAUGAGCAACGUUUUCCUGAUCCAGGAGAGCCAGUUUGUGUAGUAUGUGGCAGAUAUGGAGAAUAUAUAUGCAAUGACACCAACGAUGAUAUCUGCAGCUUGGAGUGCAAAGCAGACCUCUUGCAAAUUCUUAGACUUGAUAAGGGACCCUCAAGUGACCAAAAUCCAGAUGUCUCCUCAUCUGGACAUAACGGCACCUUGCCGUUGCCUGAGUUUGGGAAGGACACUUGGGAUUAUAACCGCCAUCGCUGGUCCAAAAGAAGAUCUAGUCUUUGUACUUUCGAAUGUUGGAAAUGUCAGAGGCCUGGACACCUUGCUGAGGAUUGUCUGGUAAUCUUUAACCAAUUGACAGUGGGGCAAAGCAAGUCAAGUUCAAUAACUGGUGAUCUUCUUGGACUGUACAGAAGAUGCCACCAGAUAGGAAAAAACUUGUCAACUGCAAAUUGCAAUGCAUGCCGCAGCUCAUUAAGUUUGGCUACAUGCCUUGAAUGUAGUACUGUCCUCUGUGACAACUCAGGCCACUUGAACGAGCAUAUCAAGACACACCCAUCACAUCAACAUUUUUACUCGCAUAAACUCAAGCGUCUGGUGAAAUGCUGCAAAUCAACAUGCAAGGUGACUGAUAUCAGGGAUCUUUUGGUUUGUCACUACUGUUUCAAUAAGGCCUUCGACAAGUUCUACGAUAUGUACACCGCAACUUGGAAAGGAGCCGGGCUUUCUAUCAUCUGGGGUUCUAUUUGCUGUGAAGAUCACUUUUCUUGGCACCGGAUGAAUUGUUCGAGUGCAGAUGUGGAAGACAGUGCAUAUAUUAUCAGUAAGAAUGCCCAGAAAGACAAGCAUGUUCAGCUUAGUGACUUCAUUUUCUGAAGGGAUCAUUAAACCAAAUUUUAUUUU